AUGUCAGACUUUGAUUAACACUUUAACCUUUUACAGUCACAUUUUGAACAAUACUCAACUUUUGAGUACUCAUCCUAGCUAGAUUCUCAGUACGGGUAGUCAGAAUAAUCUGCGAAUUACGAUAUAUCUGAUCAUUUAAUGCUCCUAAACAUAGAAUAAACUCAAUAUGAUUCAUACUAGCUUUAAAACUUGACCAAUUCUAAUGGUUCCUUCAUUCAAGAAGAUGCAGCACAAAAUAUUCUAGCCGAUGAUAAUCAAUAAAAUAUUUAUCCUCAUAACUAACUAUUGAUUUAGUUCAGUAGCUAAAACUUGAGCGAAUAGGAAAGAUAAUUUUUGGAAGCAAAUUCAGAUGUUGUUGACGAGUACACACAAAAUCUCAACCAGCUCGUAGAGGAAAAUAAUGUGCCAGCAAUAGAAAAAUGGUUCUGCAUAUAAUGUAGGUAAAGAUGUUCCAAUCAAGGUGCUUUCCUUAAUCAUAUCAAAGUCAUCCACAUGGGAUUAAAAAAAUCUGACAAAGUUUAAGUAAAUAUUUAUUAAUAUUUACUAAGUCCUCGUCUUCCAAGAGGAAGAGCAAAAGGCAGUAAAUCAAUAAAGAAACCUGAGAAAAGAAAAUAAUACCAUUGUAUUUGUAAAAAAUCAUUCUGCCAAAUCGGAGGAUUGUACACCCAUGUAAGAAAUAUCCACAAAAUAGAAGACAACGAAGAAAUUAAAAAGUAUUUUGCUGAAUAAAAAACGAUAGGUAGACCCUCAAAACAAAGGUGA